AUGAAGGCAGUCGUUUUCAAAGGGCCUCUACAGGUCGCGCUUGAAGAGCGACCCCGUCCUCAGAUCCAGGAUCCGACGGACGCGAUCGUCAUAGUUAGAUAUACGGCCCUCUGUGGAAGAAAGACCCCAAGUGAGCUCCAUGUCUUCCGUGGCCAUCAGCCAUCAGGGACUGGAUUCAUCAUGGGCCACGAGUUCACCGGUGAAGUUGUUGAAAUUGGACCCAACGUUCAUUCAUUCAGCCCUGGCGACCGUAUAGUGUCGCCAUUUACCGUCAGCUGCGGGGAAUGCUUUUACUGCAGUGAAGGAUUCUCAUCUCGCUGCGCAAGAGGCCAGCUUUAUGGAAGUGCGGGUUUAGACGGAGCCCAGGCAGAGUAUGUCCGGGUUCCCUUGGCCGAAUCGACCUUGUUUCACGCCCCGGAGGCCAUUGACGAAAAAAAGCUUGUUCUGAUGGCAGAUAUCUUUCCGACCGGAUAUUUUGCCGCGAGCAACGCCUUCAGGGGACUUGAACCGUCCAAAAUCCAGACAAGCACGGUUUUGUUGUUUGGAUGUGGACCCGUCGGAAUAUGCGCCUUGGUCAGUGCAUUGGAGUAUCGGCCUCAACAUCUCAUUGCGAUUGACAGCGUCAAAUCGCGCCUUGAGCUGGCAGAAAGCCUUGGAGCCGAGCCAUGGAAUUUUCAAGAGAAUGAAGCCGGGCUCCGUGAAAGAGUCAAGGAAUUGACAGACGGCCGAGGCGCCGAUAUGGUCAUAGAAGUUGUGGGCCACAGCAGUGCACUGCGGAUGGGGUUCGAGAUGCUUCGUCCCUGGGGCGUCCUGUCAAGUGUCGGGGUGCACAACGGUGAGAUACCUUGGACUGGCAAUGAAGCUUAUGGGAAGAACCUGCGCUUGCAAAUGGGACGUUGUCCGGUUCGCAGCAUAUUCGGGGAAGCCAUGAACUUGCUAGCCAAGAAGCAGCACAUGCUCGAUUUCAUGUCUGAAGACAUUCGUCCCCUUUCACAAGCCGUAAAAGCCUAUGACGACUUCAACACUAUGAAGUCUCAGAAGAUUGUCUUCGAGGCGAAUAGGUGA